AUCGAGAAAAUCGAAAAACCAAAAAAAUCCAACUAAAACCAAAAUAAAAAAACCGAUUGUAUAUUGGUUUGACUUUGUUUAUAGAUUUAAAAAACCGACAUUAUUGUUUUGUUAUAUUUUAAUUAAAAAACCAAACCAAUCCGACCUAUGUACACCCCUAUUUCUAGAUAUAGCAUGCUUCUAUCGAGAGAAAGUAAUAUAAGAUAUUUUAAAAUAAAUUGAAAAAUAUUGAGCCAAGAAAAUUGAAUAGUGGGACAUGUAAUCCGUGUGAUGACCAAGCAUAAUUUUCUUUGUCCCAAAGAAACAAAAUUUAAUGCAUAAAUUACAAAAUAACACAAUUUAUCUUUCAUUAAUUACAAAAUAUCCCAUCUUUACAAACUUAUUUCAAAAAUUUCAUUUUUGGUGUUUCUCUCUCCAAAACCAAAUAUACAUAAGUAGGAUGAUUUCUUUCACCGUUUUUCACCCUUAAAACUAGGCUUAAAUCAAGCAUCAGUUACCUUUUUCAACACAACUGUACUUGGUUUCAACUUACAGCAUUAAAUUUUAUUUUAAUCUCAAUUACUCAUUUCGAUUUUUAAGUGUUGAGGUUAGUAAUUUUUCUUCAUCAUUUACUGAACCAAUUUUUGAGGUUUUUUGAAUGAACAAAUUUUGGAUGUUCUUAUUAAGUAUUUUUUGGGGUUUCUUCGUUAACAUAAUCUUCAAAAUCCUCCAUUUGAAGUACGAUAGUUACAACAUAGUACUUUGUUAAUGGAGCAUCCUCCUUAAUUCAAUUUUGAGGUUUUUUUGAAAGAACAAAUUGUUGCAUAUUCUUAUUAAGUAUUGUUUAGUGUUUUAAAUUAACAAAAUUUGGGUUUUAUAUCAAUAUUGUCCCUUUAUGGUUUCUAAAUCGUCCAUUUGAAGUAGAAAUAAACAUAUUUGUACUUUGUUAAUGGAAGAUUCUCCUUCUUUUAGUUUAGGAUUAACUUAGUUAGAUACAAGUUCGGUAGUUGGGUUUGUUCCCGGAGUUUUUGAUUAUGAGGAACCUAACUUUGCUGAAAACAGAUCUAAAUUUCGUAACAACCCCAACAAGAUGAAAGAGAUUAGAAAAGUUGCUGCUCAAAAGACGAAAAAAGCAGUUGGAAAAUCAUUAAGAUUAUCCAAAAAAGAUGAUUCUGGACGUCCACGUCUUCCUAAGAUAUAUAUAAUUUAUUUGUUUUUGUAUAUGUUGGGUAUAUGAAUUUGUGGUGAGCUUUUUAUUUGAAAUACAGUGAGAUAUAUAGUUUAAUAUACAUAAAAGAAUAAUGGGUUUAUGUAAAUUCUUAUGUAUGUGCUACACAUACAUUACUUAGCACAUAUAUAUAAGUUAGUUUAUGUAAAUUCUUAUGUAUGUGUUACACAUUCAUUACUCAGCACAUAUACAUAAAUGGUGAACGAUGCUUUAAUAUUUUGGUAGACUACUACUGUGUUGUGAAGUUCAUAUACAUCAUGUUUUCUGUGUAUAUAUGUAUAUUAUAUAUGAAGGUAGUUUAGGUAAUGGAUAUCAGCUAUGUAUAUGUUGACAUAUACAUCACUUCUGAUAGAUUGUUUGAUGUGUUCUAGAACCAAUAAUUAUCACAAGUCAAUUUUAUGUAUAUGUUAGUAAUAUACAUAAGUUUAGUGCUAUUUCAGUUGACAAAACAUGCUCACAUAUCAUGUGUUGUUUUGUUCUCAAUAGGAUAUGAAAUAUAGGAUAAGAAAGGUCCCUGCACAUUCGUUGUAUUUCGGUAGUUAUUGCAACCGAAAAUUUGGAGAAGAAAUAAAUCAUUUUCUUGGUAAAGAAGUUCUAAAUCUGUUCUGGUAAAUAAUUUUUGAUACAUUUCUAGACAUACCGAAUUGUAAUUAUCAGGGUCAAUUAUCCAAAUACUUACUCAUGCUCGAGAUAGAGCAAGACAACUCGAAGGAAAUACACGUUUAUGUGUAGGAAAUCAUACUCAAGUUUUCUAUUAUUGAGUAUGCCAUUAUAUCCGGUCUUAAAUGUUUAGGGAACAUAGAGGACCACCUCUUUUCUGAUACAUCAAAGUCCAUAUUAAUAGCAAAGUAUUUUCCAGGAUCUAAGAGUUCUGUCAAAAGGUGUCUCUUCAUAGAGCGAUUCAAGUUGGGCAACUUUGAAAAUAAUUUUGAUGCUUUGAAUAUGUCAAUAAUUUAAUUCAUUCACACCUUUCUGUAUUCACAAGUACGUUAUUCUACCAUUAGCAAAUCGAAUUUUUUGAUGGUUGAGAAUGGUAGUUACGAACAAUUUUCAUGGGGAAAGAGUUCAUUUGAAAAGCUUAUUGCAUUGUGGAGACAAGAUUUUUUUUGUUGUGAAACAGUUAUACUCGAUUAGGGGAAUGCCUCACGUGCUGUAUGUUUGGAUGUAUGAAUGCUGUUCUGAGGUAGACAGUACGAUGGCCGAGCGGCUGGGAAAUGUAAUUCCCCGAAUUUUCAACUGGCAGGUGGUUGAAAUCAAAGUUAAGUACGAGAAGUUUAUGACUGGUAUGUUCAGCAAGUUUAUGUACAACAACAUACGACCAACUCAUAAAGAAGUACAAAGUCUUAAUCUGCAAAUGAUUGAGAGAUUUCAAUUAAAAGAAGCUGAAUGUGGACUUCCUCCAGAAAUUGCUGCAGAUUGUUCCGAUAAAAGACUUGCAGGCGGUGUACAGUUACAAGAGGACCUCGAUAUAGAAGAGUUUGAGGAAUUUAGUACGGUCCCUCUUACAGAAAUUCUCAAGAAGGCAGGUUUGAUUACCGAUGAUUCAACAUCUCAUCCUUCUAAGAAGCGUAAAAUAGUUCAUUUUGAUUCCACAACUGCCGAGGACCAAGUUUGUCAAAAAACAACAUCUUUUGUUUCAACAAGAACUGUGCCAACCCAAAAAAAAGCUUCUUCAGGUUCUGAGCGUGUUUAUGCCAAAAAGACAAUUCCAUCAUCGUCACUCAAGUCAGUUUAUCAGGACAAUUCUGAUGAAAAGUGGGAUGAUAUCAAGUUAAUUUUGCAGUCUUAUCCAAACAACAUCAAGAAUCAAAUGAAAAAAUGGAUAAACAACAUGCCGAACUCAUCCAAAUGUUGCAACAGAACAACCAAAAAAAUGAAAAGGCUUAGGUUUGGGAAGGUUCAACUGCCGAAGAAAAAUCAUCACAAGCUCAAAUAGAUGAGAUGAAUAUCAUGCAGCAUGUUGAAGACACACAAAAAGGAGUACUUUUUUACACAUACAUUAUUAUUAGAUAAGCUUGGUGUUAUCAAAUUUUUUCUUAACAAUAUACUAUACUUAUUUCAACAGUGUCAGCAAGAGGGAGAAGAAAAAACAGGAAAUGUACAUGCCAACGAAGAUGUUAAAGAUACUGAAAUCUUCAAAACAUUGAAAGAAAAAGGA